GAUAGAUAAACGAACCGUCCCAUCCGAUUAAAUACCCCCAAGAUAAAACCACAGUAGAAGAAAAAAGAGGGGAGAAAUUCAACCUCACAUCUCUUUUCAUCCUUCUUUGUGUUUAUCGAACGCUUGAAUCGAAAUUGGCAUGUACAUGUAUAUAUGUUGGGGGAUUCCGGCGAAGUGCUAGAGAGCUCCGCUGUGGCAGCCUCCGCCGGAGGGGAAGAGAAGGAUGUGAAGUUGGAGGAUUCCGGCGAGAGAGCCACCGUAGGCGGCGGAGGAAACCGGUGGCCUCGGUCAGAGACUUUGGCCCUCUUGAGGAUACGCUCGGAGAUGGAGUUGGCUUUUCGUGACUCAAAUCUUAAAGCUCCCUUAUGGGAACAAAUCUCGAGGAAAAUGAGGGAGCUUGGUUUCAGGAGAAGUGCCAAGAAAUGCAAGGAGAAAUUCGAGAACGUGUAUAAAUACCACAAGCGUACCAAAGAAGGCCGGUCCGGUAAACGCGAAGGCAAAACCUACCAGUUCUCCGACGAAUUGGAAGCUUUCGAGAAUAUCCAUCACUAUCCAACCGAACCGAAAUCUCGACCAGUAAAACCGCCUACGACCACGACCACGACCACCGCUGCUUCCAUUGUUCCAUGGAUUAGUAGUAGCAACCCAUCAAGUGGUACCAACCCUACCUUGUUCACCAAGCAACAGCCUACACCGCCUUUUGUUUUGAAUCACAGUGCUCAUACAGUACUUGGUUCUGGUCAUAAAUUAACGAACCCUUAUAAUUUCGCAAGAAAUCAAGAGGAAAUGCAGAAGAGGUUCUUGGAGACAUUGGAGAAGCGCGAGAAGGAGAGAAUCGAGAGAGAGCAAGCAUGGAGGGUCCAAGAAACGGCGAGAAUCAACAGAGAAUACGAAAUAAUUGCCCACGAGAGAUCUGCUUCCGCAGCUAAAGAUACAGCCAUAAUUUCCUUCUUACAAAAAGUGUCCGGACAGCAACAACAACAGCAGCAGCUACAGAAGCAGAACCAUACGCAACAACAAACUCGGGAAGACCAUUCAAUAGCAUUUCUAAAUGACCAAAAACAUGAAACAAGGAUAGUGGAAGCAGCAAGCAAGACGAGCAAUAGCGAUUCAAGCUAUAUGUUAUCUCCGUAA